UUGAGAUCUUGUUCUUAGUGAUCGCACACUCCAAAUUUUCCACUGAAGCAGAAGAAGAAGCAAACACUCUUCACCAAUCACCAUGAUUGAAGACGAGUCUCUGUUCCGCAACGCUCUUCUCACUCUCUACCUCAUAGCUCCACCAACGUUAAUCUCGCUGAGAUUCCUCCAAGCACCUUAUGGGAAGCACCACAGGGCUGGGUGGGGUCCAAACCUUCCACCACCAUUGGCAUGGUUUCUCAUGGAAAGUCCAACACUUUGGCUUACCCUUUUGCUCUUUCCACAUGGCCAUCAAUCUUCCAACCCAAAAUCCAUCAUUCUCAUAAUCCCUUUUCUCUUCCAUUACUUCAACCGAACCUGCCUCUACCCACUUCGCCUCCUCAAUGCCCCUUCAAGGAAAACCGCAACUGGGUUUCCCUUAAGUGUGGCAUUGAUGGCUUUUGUAUUCAACUUGUUGAAUUCUUACCUUCAGGCCAGAUGGGUCUCUCACUACAAGGACUAUGAUGAUGAUGGGUGUUGUUUCUGGUGGAAGUUCUUUUGUGGGUUAUUGGUGUUUUUGUGUGGCUUGGGAAUCAAUGUUUGGUCUGAUAGGGAAUUGCUGAGGCUCAAGGGUGAAGGGAAGGGGUAUGUGGUGCCAAGGGGAGGGUUGUUUGAGCUUGUGACUUGUCCAAAUUAUUUUGGGGAGAUGGUGGAGUGGCUUGGUUGGGCAGUGAUGACAUGGUCUUGGGUUGGACUAGGGUUCUUCCUCUACACUUGUGCUAACUUGGGACCCAGGGCACUUGCAAAUCAUCAGUGGUAUUUGGAGAAAUUUGGGGAGGACUAUCCCAAGAAAAGGAAAGCCGUUAUUCCAUACUUGUAUUGAUUUUUCUUUCUGCCUUGUACUUUAGGAUGUAGGUGUCAAAGGACAUGAAAAUUAGGAUGUGUUGAUGAAGCAUUGCAGGAAAACUUGGUUUAUCUGAUAUAAGGUUGGAUUAUUGGAUUGGUAUGAUUAGAAGUUGUUUUAAUUAAGAAUUCCUUUAUGCACUAUUCUGUCUUACUUGGAGAUGACUGUUUUAUGACACCACUUCUUAAUAAUACACCACCUCUUUUGUAUAUCUUAACAUAUGUGUAAGAUACAUUAAGCAAUGAAGUAGAAUAAAUUCAUUAGUGAUAAAUUCAUCAACAGAACGUAUCAUAUGAUUUGUGGAUUGAUAUUUAUUGAUUUUAAAUGAAGUGUGCCACAUAAGUUAUAACAUGAUAUUUUCUUUUGUGUGUCAAAAUAAUAGAAGGAUAUUAUAUGCAAAUCUGUCAGAUUG